GGGGAGCGGGGUCCCGGACUAGGGAGGCGCCGCGGCGGGGAGGGGAGGCGAGGACCAUGGGGCUUCUGACCAUCCUGAAGAAGAUGAAGCAGAAAGAGCGGGAGCUGCGGCUCCUCAUGCUCGGGCUGGACAACGCGGGCAAGACCACCAUCCUGAAGAAGUUCAACGGGGAGGACAUCGACACCAUCUCGCCCACACUGGGCUUCAACAUCAAGACGCUGGAGCACCGAGGGUUCAAGCUAAAUAUCUGGGACGUGGGGGGCCAGAAGUCCCUGCGCUCUUAUUGGCGGAACUACUUUGAGAGCACCGACGGCCUCAUCUGGGUGGUGGACAGCGCUGACCAGCAGCGCAUGCAGGACUGCCGGAGGGAGCUGGAGAGCCUCCUGGUGGAGGAGCGCCUGGCGGGAGCCACUCUCCUGAUCUUUGCCAACAAGCAGGAUCUCCCUGGGGCUCUGUCCUCUAACGCCAUUCGAGAGAUCCUGGAAUUAGACACCAUCCGCAGUCACCACUGGUGCAUCCAGGGCUGCAGCGCGGUGACAGGAGAAAACCUGCUCCUGGGGGUCGACUGGCUCCUGGACGACAUCUCCAGUCGCAUCUUCACUUCAGAGUGACUCCUUCCCGCCCGCUUGUCUGCUCCCGGACUGACCCCGAGACCCUCCCUAAGGACGGCCCCGCCCUCGCGAGUCCGUGGCUCCCCCAGACCAUCCUUUGUCCUGAUCCUCUCUGGCCCAGGCCCCCCAGGGAGCCAUGACCGGAGGGGGCAGAAGCCAGCGGGACCCCAACUAAUGCUUCCUUCCCCGUGUCAUAACCAGAUGCUGCUCGCGCUAUUUAACAGGAGAGACGCUGCUGCUCUGGGGGAGUGCCUUCCCUCCCUGGGGAGGAGCAGCCCCUGUUCCCUAACCCCGUCCCUCCUGAAGCGCUUGGUGGAGCAGCCUUGGGGUGCCACUCAAGGGCCUCUUCCCUGCUCAGCUGUGAGAAUAAAAGUCCUCUGUGUCCCA